GCGCAGCCCAAUCCUCUUCUCAAUGCACCGAAACCUGAGCGACCAUCGGCAGGGUCGCGCAUGCCCUCGCUAAAUGAACUCGCCGCACGCAUCAACCUCAACCCAGGCAGCAACCCUGCUUCCGCUGCAUCGCGGCCUCGUCUCGCUGCUGCGUUGCUCCGAACAGGUUCUCAGAGCUCACUCUCAUCUACAGCGGCCUCAGUGGCCGAUUCUAUCACCGUAAACCCUCCAGGAUCUCGCUCUGUCUCCCCCGCCAGUCUGUCGACAUCACCUCCUGGUAGUCUUUCGACCACCCCGGUACCCAGUGAUGCUGGACAAGGCGAGCCGAUCACAAAUGAGCGGCUCGAGAAGCAUAACAAGGAGACGGACAAGAAGGACAAGUUGAUUCCGGGCUACAAGAAUAUUCCUAGCCUGGACGCGAUCACUGCCCGUAUGGCGAAGACGCGCUCAUUGAGUGUCGAUGGCACUGCGAAGCCUCCUGAGGCGGAGACGAUCGAGGACCCAAAGACUCCUGGGCUGCGUAUCAAGGCUCCUGAGCACCCUCUUGAACAUGCAUGGACUAUAUUUCAUGAUACGAAAUCCAAGAUGCCAUUUACUCCUGCAUCUGCCACAGCCAACCCCGAUAACGCAAAGAGCGCGGGCAUGGACCCUCCGCCGAGCGCUACGCAUUUUCAACCUCCCGACACUGACGAGUACGAGGCGGGUCUGACCGUGAUUGGCGAAUUCGACACGGUCGAGUCGUUCUGCAAGUAUUUCAACUGGCUGAAGCCGCCGUCGCGGCUCGAGCGCAACUCGAACUACCACCUCUUCAAAUCGGGCAUCAAGCCGAUGUGGGAGGACCCGGCGAAUGCGAACGGUGGAAAAUGGGUGCUCACGAUGAAGAAUAACCCGCAAUUGCUGGACCGCUGCUGGAGCUGGCUCGCGAUGGCCCUCGUCGGCGAGGAUUUGGAUGAGGGCGAUGAGAUUUGUGGAGCGGUAGUGAGCUUGAGGAGUAAGGUUGACAGAAUCCAGCUGUGGACGCGCAGCAAGGACGACGUGGAGAAGAUCAAUGGGAUCGGGAGGAAAAUGGUGAAACUGCUUGAUGUCUCCGAGGCAGACGGUAUCGGUCUUGAGUUCCAGUACAACAAUGAUGAUCGCCCGAUCCCGAACAAGUUCUUGACGAUACAGGCUCUUCCGCAAACGUCCUAUCGCUCGUCGUUUCACAACAAGGGCAGCCCUUUGAACGGUCCGGGAGAGCUCCCUGGCAGUGUUUCUGGUCUUCCCAACGUGGGACCUCCGGGUCCGGGCGGUGCUUUCGCUGGCUUUGGCGUCGGCGGGGGCGGAGUGUUAGGUAAUCAGGGCUGGAGAGGGAAGCGGAUGUGAGAUAUGCAUACUGUAGCGGAUUUCAUCUGUGAUGAUUGUACUUGAUAUCGCGCACGGACGAUUGGGAUCAGUUCAGAGGAAGUUGCAGAGGCAA